GACGGGGACGACGAUGACGCUACAGGAGGAGCGUGCCGGGGGUCCGGGGAGCGACAGCUGCGAGAGUUGCGAGAGUCGCGACGGGCGGGACGGGCGCGAGUGUCAGGAAGUGACGAGCCUCGAGGAGGCCAAGGCCGUCAUCGUGGCGCUCAAGGCCAGACAGAGGGCCCAGGCCCAUCAGAUGCUAGCAUGGAGGAGGACCCUUAAACUGCAGGAGGAGCUCGUCGCCCGGUUGACGCGCGAGAACGCGGAGCAACUGCGCAGCCUCUCAUCGCAACUGCUGCUCUUCGAGUCACGGCUCUGCAGGAAGCAAAAGGAGAUCGAGACGAAUCUGGCGCAGCGCGAGGCUAUUAUUCUCAGGCAACAGCGGGUCAUCAGGCAGCUUCAGAACAAGCUGAGGCACGCGGCUGAACCCCGUCAGGCCAAGUCCUUCGGUAGCGGGAGCGGCGGAGGAGGCGGCGGCGGCGACGGCGACGGCGAUGGUGGCGAUGGUGAGGACGACGGUGACGGCGCCGGUGGCGAUGGCUGCGUACCUAAGGAAGAAAGAUCCAGGCACACGGCUGGACGACGGGAUUCGCCGCUAUGCGACGCCCUCGACAGGCUCGACAGUCUCGGCGACAGCGACAGCGCCGUCGUACUCGAGGAGGCCUUCCUCGAUGACCCCGCGCCACCCAGAUUCCGUUCCAAUAUCACGGACGUGACGGUGAUUCGCUCGGUCUCGGAUGCGGUCGAGCCCGCCAACAACAAGUACUGCGCCUCGAUGAGGCGCUGCAAUGGCCUCCUGCGUAGGCCGGAGGUCCUCGAGACCGUCUACUCGGUCGAGGAGGAUGGUGACGGGGACCGGGCCGACAACGAGGAGGAGGAGGCCGACGAGGAGGACAACAGCGAACUGGAGCCCCGAUGCCCCGAGGCCAAGCCGCGUCUACGCGACAUCUACGGGAGCUUUGAGAGGCUCGCGCAGCAAGAGGCCGAGGCCGCGGCGACGUCGGCGAGGGUCGCCUCGACGGCCCCGAGCCCCAGCGCUCAGAGAACGAGGGACGAGAGUCAGCAGCAGGCGCAGGUCACUUACAACAGGGUCAUGAGUAAUCAUAGGUCAGUGACGAAGCCUAAGGAUGUCAAGUACAAAAGGAUCAACAAAGCUAAAUCCAAGAGUUUAGAGGAACUUCGCGGUCGACUGAGAAACUGGGUUGAAAAAGGGAACAAGAUAGCCAUCUCCUUGGAUCAAUCUUAUGCCUGAUGAGCCUGAACGAGUGCCAAUACGCAGACGUGCGCCCACGCCU